UUAUGGCCUCCUUCGCAGCGUCCAGCUCCCCCCUGCUGGGGCGCGAUGAUUUACCGUCGCAGCGCACCGGAGGAAUUCUGGGGAAAUGGGCCAGGCAUGGAAGCGAAUGCGGGGAGAGGAUUCGGGGUAAAGGCCCCCGAACAUAUUCCAGGUCCACCGACGAGCUUGGCAAAGUAGUCGAGAAGUUAUAAGUGAGUGCAGAUCCUCCGUUCCAACGUUCCGGGGGCAGCGAGACGUUGUGUUCCUCGUCAAAUCUCGCACAAUGGCCCGGUUAAGCGUAUGUAUCUCGGCACUCCUGGCCGGCCUCUCGGCAGCCAAGUACAUCGUCCCGGGGGGGAGAUGGCGCGACACGGACGGCAACCUCGUCAACGCCCAUGCGGGCUGCGUAACGGUCGACAAGGAUACCGGCAAAUUCUGGCUCUUUGGAGAGUACAAGGUCGAAGGCCAGACUGAAGGCGGCGGUGUUUCCGUCUACAGCUCGGAUGACCUGGCGACGUGGGAAAGCCACGGCCUUGCCUUAGCUCCCAUCGAGGGCCACCCGUACAUCUCGCCCUCCCACAUCAUCCAGCGACCAAAGGUGGUCUACAGCAAGGUGUCCAACGAAUAUCACAUGUGGUGGCACGCAGAUAACUCCACGUAUGGACUGCUGCUCCAGGGAUUUGCUCGGUCGCCAAACAUUUCGGGGCCUUACACCUUCGUGAGCGCCACCGCGCCCCUGGGCAACUGGUCCCAGGAUUUCGGCAUCUUUACCGACUACAAGGACGGGAGGUCCUACGCGCUCUACUCGAACGGCGACAGCCGGGAAGGCCGAGACGUGUAUCUUACGGCCUACAACGAGGAUGUGUCGGCGCUCGACAAGGUCAUCCACCGCUUCGACAAGUACGAUCUCGAAGCCCCGACCAUCGUCCAGACGGACAAGAGUUACUACGCCAUCAUGAGCCACAAGACGGGCUACCGGCCCAACAACGUGGUCGCCUUCCGGGCCGACUCGCUGGCCGGUCCGUGGUCGCAGCCCUUCAUGGUGGCGCCGCCCAACACGCGGACCUUCAACUCCCAGUCGGGCUUCACCUUGACCAUCAGGGGCAAGAAGAGGACGACGUACUUGUACCUGGGCGACCAGUGGGACUCCAACUCGCUCUGGGAGAGCCGGUACAUCUGGCUUCCGAUGGAGAUUGACGACCGCAAGAAGACACUCAGGCUCGUGUGGAACGACGUGUACGACUUGGACGUCAAGACGGGCGAGUGGUCCCCCGUCCGAGGCAAGACAUACUACGCGGCCGACGCCAAGACGGCCGGCAACGCGUUCAAGCAGGAGGCCAACUUCGCCAGCAAGGGUGUCAUCGUCACGGGCAUUCGCGGCAACGACAGCACCGUUACUUUUGAAGGGAUCGAGGGCUCCGGGAAGCCGCAGUGGGUGUCGUUCUACUACCAGAACACGGACGACAUGGGCUUCGGGGACCAACCGGGCGGGACGCCGGACCGGAUCGGCGGCACGUGGCAGCUGCGCCGGAUCGCGAGCGUCGUCGUAAACGGUAACACGGAGAAGGUCGAGACGCUGUACCAGCGGGACACGCACAAGGGCAUCAUCCUCUCGACGCCUCUGCUGCUGACGCUGGAGAAGGGGAAGAAGAACACCAUCACCGUGGGCGGGCUGUGGAACGGGUUCGAUUACAAGGGGGCGGAUCUGGACAGAAUCGUCGUGUAUCCCCCCGAAACGGACCGCAAGAGGCGAUAAGAGAGAUCUUGAGCGGCUUUCUGCCUAUUAAUUCCUGGCGGUGCUCGGCUCGAAUGACGGACACGGCGGGGCCAAAGACAGGAGAGCAUGAGACG